CAACCGGCGAAUUGAAAGCGAGCGUGCGUGCAUUAUUACAACACAAUUUGGCAGGGAUCACACACAACCCUAAGCAAAUGGAAGUACAAUUAGUUGUACAAUCUCGUGCCAUCAUCAUGGAUAAAAUCAGAUUUUUAUAAGCAAGAGAAAUGUGCAUGCCAAAGAGGGAUCACAAGACUAGAAGAGAAGAGAGAAGAACACGUACACAUGCUGACCGCUAGGCGAUGGAGAUGAUUCACAAGGGAUCCUUGGACUUGGUGCUGGUCCCUUGUGGGCUUGCGAUCAUGCUCGGCUACCACCUCCUCCUCCUCUACCGCAUCCUUCGCCAUCCGCACACCACGGUCAUCGGCUACGAGAACCACAACAAGCUCGCCUGGUGCUGGUUCUUCUGGCUGAUAGCCGCGGUUCAUGCCUGCCCGCAGACGACGGCGCCGGAGGAGGCGGCCCUGGCGCUGAGCGUGAUCUCCGACAGCAUCUCAGCGUCCACCACGCUGGCGUCGCUCUGCAUCGCGCUGGGCUCGCUGAUCGGCGCGUGGGUGAGCAGCAACGUUUCGCCCUCGGCGCCGCUCACGGCCGGCGGCGACGGCGGCACCAGCCAGCCGGCGACGACGGGGAUGGCGUCGGCCAAGUUCACGUCGCUCCUCGUCUGCUUCCUGGCCUCCUUCGCCUGCUUCAUCCAGUCCGCGGGGCACUACGUGCACGCCAGCUUCCUCAUGUCCGCGCUGGGGUUGGACGCGCCGGCGAGCCACGUGCAGCGCGCGGUGAUCCGGGGCGGCAACUUCUGGGCGCUGGGGCUCCGGGCGCUCUACUUCGCCACGGCGCUGCUCAUGUGGGUGUUCGGCCCGGUGGCCAUGCUCGCCUGCUCCGUGCUCACGGUGGCCGUGCUGCACCUGCUCGACACCAGCUCCAUGCCGCUCCACCACCACCAGUUCGUGGACAGAACGAGCGUCGCCGGGGGAGCCAGAGCGGCCAGCGCUCCGAACCCGGGGCUCCAUAGCGCGGUCGCGGUGUUCUCGCCGGCACCGUAUCUCAGGUGACGGAGGAGAGAGUUUCUGGUGUAUGAUGUUCAAAGAUUUUCUUAUCUUGGCUAAAAUGAGUAUGAAGCUAUCUUGAUAGGUUUCUGAAUUGGAAAGAAAAAAAAUCGAUACAUUUGCUCGAUGCUUCA